AUGAGGCCAACGCACUUUUUGUUGCCUCUACUUUUGCUCUUCUGCCUGGGCCCAAAGGCAGCCGAUGGACGAGGCUCUCGUAUUGACCGAACGAAUAGUGCAACUGCAACAGCAGCAACUGCAGCAGCAUCAGCUAGCAGUAGUGACAAUUUGGCGGACUUGCAACCAGUCGUCAUUCAGCUGGCAAAGGCAUCAAUGCCUGAAAGUGACAAAACAAAGAGCACCGACAACAGCAAGCAGAAGAAUGAUCAAUCAUCGUAUCUGGCUAAUACCGGCGCGGGUCAGCGCGGGACCACAAAGACCAAAUUGGUUGACGAUGCCAACAAGACAACAGAUCAAGCUGCGCUGCAAUUAUCAAAGGAACAAAAACAUGAGGAUAUCGUCUUUGAGCACCUUUUGCCAGCUAGCAACUAUCACAAUUCGAUCAGCGAGUGUGAUCCAGAUUUGCUAGGCUUCGAAAUUAUCACAGGCUAUGUUUUUUCGGCACCCGGUAGAGUGAUGGAGUCAUUACCUGGCACCUUAAUGCUCACAGACUGUUUAGAAUCUUGCCAAAAUAAUGAAACAUGUCUUUCUAUAAAUUAUGAAACUGGUCUUUGCGUUCUAUUUUCAUCCAAUGCAGAUAUUUUAUCCGGUGCCCUGACAAAAUCACAAUUCCCAGUUUUCACCAUCUAUGCACAAAAAACCUGCUUAGGUGUGCGACCUUGUGCAAGAGCUUGGUGUAUUGAUCGAGUACAAAACUAUAGGCUUGAAGGACAUGCCAAAAGGAUAAUGUCCGUGACAUCGCGUCGAGAUUGUCUCGAAUUGUGUCUCGGCGAAAAUGAAUUUAUAUGCAGAUCGGCAAAUUACAAUCGGGAUUCGAAUACUUGCGAGCUCGCUGAAAUGGAUCGCUUUACAUUGGCCGGCUCGAAUUUAUUCCAAGCACAUAACGGAAGCGAAUAUUUGGAGAACAAUUGCGCCGAGGAACCAAAUAAAUUAUGUGAGUUUAAGCGUUUGCCAGGCAGAAUUCUAAAAACAGUGGACUCGGUUUACCAAGAUAUUGGUAGCAUUGAUGAGUGCCGAGAUUUGUGUCUCAAUUCACCUUAUAGAUGCCAUUCAUAUGAUUAUGGUGAUACUGGGGAUAUGGUCUGCCGACUCUCGCAUCAUAGCAGGGCAACACUUUUGGAUGUUCAAGAUCCGUAUUUGGAGGUACCCGAGGCUGCCACAUAUGAACUAUCAUCCUGUUAUAAUGUGACCAUCGAGUGUGGAGCUGGAGACAUGGUCGCUCGCAUACGCACAUCGAAGCUCUUCGAUGGCAAGGUCUAUGCGAAGGGUUCGCCCAAAUCUUGUGCAGUGGAUGUGAGCAGCUCUCUGGACUUUGAGAUACGUAUGGGCUACCAGAAUCUCGAGUGCAAUGUUCGUCAGAGUGGAUCGGGUCGUUAUAUGAAUGACGUUGUUAUUCAGCAUCAUGACACUAUAGUCACAUCAUCAGAUUUGGGCCUGGCUGUGACCUGUCAGUAUGAUUUUACCAACAAGUCGGUGACAAAUGAUGUCGAUUUGGGUGUUGUGGGCGAUGUGGAGACAGCACUAUCUGAGGAGGUUAUUGUUGAUUCGCCCAAUGUGCUGAUGAGGAUCACCUCCAGGGACGGCUCUGAUAUGAUGCGCUCGGCAGAGGUGGGCGAUCCCCUGGCCCUUAACUUUGAGAUCGUUGAUCAACAGAGUCCGUAUGAGAUAUUUGUACGUGAAUUGGUUGCCAUGGAUGGUGCGGAUAAUGCUGAGAUAACGCUAAUAGACUCACAAGGCUGCCCUACAGAUCAUCUAAUUAUGGGACCCAUACUCAAAAGCCCAUUGUCGGGCAAAAUAUUGUUUUCAAAUUUCGAUGCAUUUAAGUUUCCGUCGAGUGACAUGGUCCAGUUUCGUGCUUUAGUCACGCCCUGUAUGCCCAGCUGUGAGCCGGUGAAAUGUCAGCAGGAUGACAUUAUUGAGGAAUUCAGAUCGCCAUUAUCUUAUGGACGUCGACGGCGCGAGAUUCAUGCAACAUCCAGUGUUGUUGGCCACCAAUUAAGACGGACAAGUCGUGAGGCAAGAGCUGGAUUGGUUGAAAGUCAACCAAGUCAGGAGGAUAUGCUUCUAGUACAAUCGAUUCAGAUUACCGAAAAAUUUGGUUUCGGCAAAAGGGAGCAACUGCAGCAGCAUACAAAUACAAAUACAAAUACAGUGAAGGAUAAUUAUGACAAUGCUUUUAUUUUGAACAAUAGAGCAACAGAUUAUUGUAUUAACGGCAUCGGUACAACGAGAGGUUAUUAUUAACUGAUCAUGCAAUCUAAUCUAAGCGAACAACAAACGUCUUUUUCAGGUUUCAUUGUGGCUGCCACAAUAUUUUUUAUAGCGCAGUUCAUUGUUAUUGCGAUUUGUUCGUUUUUAUAUCGACGACGAGAUAAUCAACAGCCAUAUGUUAAUCACUUUCUGAAAGCAGCCACGAACUAUACAAACACCGCCGGCAGCGCCAGUAUCGCAUUUGGUAAAUGAGAUGCCAAGCGCUCCAGUGGGGUUUUUUAUGU